GCCCCAUCACCACCAAUGCGACCAUGGGAGAUGACAUCAAAUAGGCAGCCUCCUUCAGUUCAACCCAAUCAGCAUCACUUCUCAGGGGAACGAUGCAACACACCUGCACGCAACAGAAGAAGUCCUCCUGUUCGGCGCCAGAGAGGAAGGAGGGAUCGUCUCUCUCGACAUAAUUCCAUUAGUCAAGAUGAAAACUAUCACCAUCUUUCAUAUGGACAGCAGCAAGCAAUAGAGGAGCCCCAAGCCUUCCAUCCUCCUAAUGUAUCCCCACGUAUGUUGCAUCCUGCUGCUCACCCACCGCAGCAGAAUGCAGUGAUGGUUGACAUACAUGAACAGCUUCAUCAAGGCACAGUCCCCGUUUUUUGUACUGUAACAACUGUUGCUCCCCAUGGAAUUCCACUUUGCACUGGCCAGCACAUCCCUGCUUGUAAUACACAGCAGGUUCCAGGAUGCUCUGUGGUUUUCAGUGGACAGCACCUCCCUGUCUAUAGUGUGCCUCCUCCAAUGCUUCAGGCAUGUUCAGUUCAGCACUUACCAGUACCAUAUGCUGCAUUCCCACCUCUUAUUUCUAGUGAUCCAUUUCUUUUACAUCCGCCUCACCUUUCUCCACAUCCUCCUCCUCAUUUGCCACCACCUGGCCAGUUUGUCCCCUUCCAAACACAGCAAUCACGAUCGCCAUUACAGAGGAUAGAAAAUGAAGUCGAACUCCUGGGAGAACACCUUCCUGUAGGAGGUUUUACUUAUCCUGCCUCAGCCCAUCCUCCAACAUUACCUCCAUCAGCCCCUCUCCAGUUCUUAACACAUGAUCCUUUGCACCAGGAGGUAUCUUUUGGAGUACCUUAUCCUCCCUUUAUGCCUCGAAGACUUACAGGACGUAGUAGAUAUCGAUCUCAGCAACCAAUACCACCUCCCCCUUAUCAUCCCAGCCUCCUACCAUAUGUACUAUCAAUGCUUCCAGUGCCACCUGCAAUAGGUCCAGCCUUCAGCUUUGAAUUGGAUGUAGAAGAUGGAGAAGUAGAAAAUUAUGAGGCAUUACUAAAUCUUGCAGAACGACUAGGGGAAGCUAAGCCACGUGGAUUAACAGAAGCAGAUAUUGAACAGCUUCCAUCUUACCGGUUCAAUCCUAACAACCACUAGUCAGAGCAGACUUUGUGCGUAGUAUGCAUGUGUGAUUUUGAGUCAAAGCAGCUACUUAGAGUCUUACUCUGUAACCAUGAGUUCCAUGCCAAGUGUGUUGACAAAUGGCUUAAGGCAAAUCGUACCUGCCCAAUUUGUCGAGCUGACGCAUCAGAAGUGCAUCGUGAUUCAGAAUGACCAAUCUAAGAGCACAAAUUUAGUUUGGGUGUUUCUCAUCACAUGUAU